AUGGCUCAAAUGAGUGAGAGGGCGAAACAAAAACGCCACGAAGCCGACCGACCUUAUCGACUCGCCGAGCGUCAGUCGUACGAUUUAUUUUGGAUUUCGCCUCUUACUAGAUUGGGUGUGUCGUCUAAUAGGAAACUAACAAGACUUUUCCAAUAUGAGCGGACAACAGUAUUAUCCGUACAAGUGUACCCCAACCAUGAGAAGGCCAUCAUCGAUGUUCUGUGCCGAAGGGGAAUCGUUCAGCGUUUGGAGAUCGCUGAGACGUUCAAGACCAGCUAUGGAAAGGAUCUGAUCAGCGAACUUAAGAGCGAACUCAGCGGCAACUUGGAAAAUGUAAUCAUCGCUUUGAUGACGCCCCUCCCACACUUCUACGCAAAGGAACUGCAUGAUGCCGUAGCGGGACUCGGAACCGAUGAAGAAGCUAUCAUCGAAAUCCUCUGCACAUUGUCCAACUACGGCAUCCGCACAAUUUCUGCCUUCUAUGAACAACUAUACGGCAAGUCCUUAGAAUCGGACCUCAAGGGCGACACCUCGGGCCAUUUCAAACGCCUCUGCGUGUCUCUGUGCAUGGCCAACCGUGAUGAAAACCAAGGUGUAGACGAAGGCGCUGCUAAGGCUGACGCGGAAGCUUUGGCCAACGCUGGCGAAGGUCAAUGGGGCACCGACGAGUCGGUCUUCAACUCCAUUCUUAUCACUCGCUCGUAUCAGCAAUUGAGACAGAUCUUCGCUGAAUACGAGGCCUUGACUGGCAAAGACAUCGAAGAUUCAAUCAAGAAAGAGUUCUCAGGAAGCGUCGAGAAGGGCAUGCUAGCUAUUGUUAAGUGCGUGAAGAGCAAAGUUGGAUUCUUCGCCGAACGUUUGUACUACUCAAUGAAGGGCAUGGGAACAAACGACAAGACCCUCAUCAGAAUUGUGGUGAGCCGGUCUGAGAUAGACCUCGGUGACAUCAAACAGGCAUUCCUCGAGAAGUAUGGAAAGCCCUUGGAAGACUGGAUUUCGGAUGAUACUAAAGGGGACUACAAACGCGUGUUACUCACACUUGUCUCGUAG